CUACUAGAUGACGGUAACGAUACAGCACAGAUCCGAUGUGUGAAAAUAAAGCCAUUGGCUGCUGCUGCUUUACAGCUUGAAAGAUUAGCUAGUUAACUAGUUACGAGUUUAAAGUUAUCGUGCUGGCUAGCUAAGUAAGGACGGUUAGCUAGUUACUGCAAAACUAGCAAUGUGGUGAGACUGACAGCUACUUUAACUAACGUUAACUACUGUAGCCAACACAUUAUCUAUAUAACGUUAACUACUGUACAUUGUUGACUCAAUAUGUUGUUGUCUGUUUAUUCCGAAGAAACACCAGCUAGUUAGUUAGUUGACAGAAUUCCCAGUUAACUAGUUAUCUUGCUAUGACGUUUUGAUGGUAGAAGCUGGCUAGGUAGCUAACUACACUAGGGAGACAGAUUUUGUGUGGUGAUUCAUUCUGUCCUUGUUUGCAGUAGGGGAUGGUCACAGAAUAUUUCAACAUCUGAGAAUGAUCCUGUGAAACUUUUGAGGAAAUAGUAGGCCUAUGGGUCAUAAUGUCCCAGGUGAUGUAAGCCCUCUGUCUGCCUCUGAAGCCAAAGAUGAGUGAGGUGCAGGCCACGGUGGAGUUCUCUGUUGAGCUCCACAAGUUCUACAAUGUGGACCUGUUCCAAAGAGGGUUCUACCAGAUCCGUGCCAGUAUGAAGGUGCCACCACGAGUCCCUCACAAAGUAGAGGCCAGUCUACUCCACCCACCAGGUUCUGAUCUGGCCUUCCCUGCAGCUGUGGUCGAUGACGUCAUCUGCAGCAAGACCUUCCAGAUCCUCUAUAAGAACGAGGAGGUGGUUGUCAAUGAUGUGCUGGUGUUCAAAAUCAUGAUGCUGCUGGAUGAGAAGAAGGUAAUGAAGCUAGACUGUAGGCUAAGAUGAGGAAGCUAGACUGUAGGCUAAGAUGAGGAAGCUAGACUGUAGGCUAAGAUGAGGAAGCUAGACUGUAGGCUGAGAUGAGGAAGCUAGACUGUAGGCUAAGAUGAGGAAGCUAGACUGUAGGCUAAGAUGAGGAAGCUAGACUGUAGGCUAAGAUGAGGAAGCUAGACUAAGACCGUGACCAAUGACCAAGUUGUCGUUGUGCUGGUUAGAAUCAGUUCUGCUAUAGAGGACAAUAGGCUCACUUUCACUGAGGCUCUGGCUAGCCUGUGUUCAAAUGUCCACAGUAGCAUACUACUUACAAUGCCCAAUACAUUGAAUCAUACUGAGUGAGCUUGAGCUGCAUUGCAGUGAUCCAUAUGAUUGGCCAAUUAGAUGCAGGCUAUUUAGACUAGAUAAAUCUAGCUUUAAUGUAGACAAUUUAGCCUAAUAUCUCACAUGGAUAUUGUUCACAAUAGCAUGUUAUAAAAUAAAUAUGUGCUAUGAUGGUAUGGAUAUAUGAAGAGAGACGCGGUAUGAUGGUAUGGAUAUAGGAAGAGACGGGGUAUGAUGGUAUGGAUAUAGGAAGAGACGCGGUAUGAUGGUAUGGAUAUAGGAAGAGACGGGGUAUGAUGGUAUGGAUAUAGGAAGAGAGACGCGGUAUGAUGGUAUGGAUAUAGGAAGAGAGAUGUGGUAUGAUGGUAUGGAUAUAGGAAGAGAGACGCGGUAUGAUGGUAUGGAUAUAGGAAGAGAGAUGUGGUAUGAUGGUAUGGAUAUAGGAAGAGACGGGGUAUGAUGGUAUGGAUAUAGGAAGAGACGGGGUAUGAUGGUAUGGAUAUAGGAAGAGAGACGGGGUAUGAUGGUAUGGAUAUAGGAAGAGAGACGAGGUAUGAUGGUAUGGAUAUAGGAAGAGAGACGCGGUAUGAUGGUAUGGAUAUAGGAAGAGAGACGCGGUAUGAUGGUAUGGAUAUAGGAAGAGAGACGGGGUAUGAUGGUAUGGAUAUAGGAAGAGAGACGAGGUAUGAUGGUAUGGAUAUAGGAAGAGAGACGGGGUAUGAUGGUAUGGAUAUAGGAAGAGAGACGAGGUAUGAUGGUAUGGAUAUAGGAAGAGAGACGCGGUAUGAUGGUAUGGAUAUAGGAAGAGAGACGCGGUAUGAUGGUAUGGAUAUAGGAAGAGAGACGGGGUAUGAUGGUAUGGAUAUAGGAAGAGAGACGAGGUAUGAUGGUAUGGAUAUAGGAAGAGAGACGGGGUAUGAUGGUAUGGAUAUAGGAAGAGAGACGCGGUAUGAUGGUAUGGAUAUAGGAAGAGAGACGCGGUAUGAUGGUAUGGAUAUAGGAAGAGAGACGCGGUAUGAUGGUAUGGAUAUAGGACGAGAGACGCGGUAUGAUGGUAUGGAUAUAGGACGAGAGACAUGGUAUGAUGGUAUGGAUAUAGGAAGAGAGACGCGGUAUGAUGGUAUGGAUAUAGGAAGAGAGACGCGGUAUGAUGGUAUGGAUAUAGGACGAGAGACGCGGUAUGAUGGUAUGGAUAUAGGACGAGAGACAUGGUAUGAUGGUAUGGAUAUAGGAAGAGAGACGAGGUAUGAUGGUAUGGAUAUAGGAAGAGAGACGUGGUAUGGAUAUAGGAAGAGAGACAUGGUAUGAUGGUAUGGAUAGAGGAAGAGAGACGCGGUAUGAUGGUAUGGAUAUAGGAAGAGAGACGGGGUAUGGAUAUAGGAAGAGAGACGAGGUAUGAUGGUAUGGAUAUAGGAAGAGAGACGGGGUAUGAUGGUAUGGAUAUAGGAAGAGAGUCGUGGUAUGAUGGUAUGGAUAUAGGAAGAGACGGGGUAUGAUGGUAUGGAUAUAGGAAGAGACGGGGUAUGAUGGUAUGGAUAUAGGAAGCGAGACGGGGUAUGAUGGUAUGGAUAUAGGAAGAGAGAUGUGGUAUGAUGGUAUGGAUAUAGGAAGAGACGGGGUAUGAUGGUAUGGAUAUAGGAAGAGACGGGGUAUGAUGGUAUGGAUAUAGGAAGAGAGACGCGGUAUGAUGGUAUGGAUAUAGGAAGAGAGACGGGGUAUGAUGGUAUGGAUAUAGGAAGAGAGACGAGGUAUGAUGGUAUGGAUAUAGGAAGAGAGACGGGGUAUGAUGGUAUGGAUAUAGGAAGAGAGACGCGGUAUGAUGGUAUGGAUAUAGGAAGAGAGACGCGGUAUGAUGGUAUGGAUAUAGGAAGAGAGACGCGGUAUGAUGGUAUGGAUAUAGGACGAGAGACGCGGUAUGAUGGUAUGGAUAUAGGACGAGAGACAUGGUAUGAUGGUAUGGAUAUAGGAAGAGAGACGCGGUAUGAUGGUAUGGAUAUAGGAAGAGAGACGCGGUAUGAUGGUAUGGAUAUAGGACGAGAGACGCGGUAUGAUGGUAUGGAUAUAGGACGAGAGACAUGGUAUGAUGGUAUGGAUAUAGGAAGAGAGACGCGGUAUGAUGGUAUGGAUAUAGGAAGAGAGACGAGGUAUGAUGGUAUGGAUAUAGGAAGAGAGACGCGGUAUGAUGGUAUGGAUAUAGGAAGAGAGACGCGGUAUGAUGGUAUGGAUAUAGGAAGAGAGACGAGGUAUGAUGGUAUGGAUAUAGGAAGAGAGACGCGGUAUGAUGGUAUGGAUAUAGGAAGAGAGAUGUGGUAUGAUGGUAUGGAUAUAGGAAGAGACGGGGUAUGAUGGUAUGGAUAUAGGAAGAGACGGGGUAUGAU